AUGGCCGACCGACCUCCCAAAAACAUUCGUUCACUCAACCGGUUCAUCACCACCCACAACUCCACUGGCGAAGCAAUCUUCUCCGAUGCCCUGUCCGAAGAUAUGCCCAUUCAGCGCGUGGGCGAUGGCGCAGAUUUUAGCCUUGCCUACACAUCCUCCCACUUCCCCGCUCAAUUGAACAAAGAUGCCGAUAUCACCGAGUACAAUGCAUACCUCAACAGCCCACCGGGCAUUACCAUCUCAACCGGGAAUGUCUGCCGAAUCGUGGAUAUGCAGCCCGGUGCUACGAGCCCUAUGCACCGCACCGUCUCGCUAGACUAUGGUGUUGUUCUGGAGGGGGAAGUUGAGCUUAUUCUGGACUCGGGCGAGACGAGGUUGAUGAAGCGAGGUGAUGUCGCUGUGCAGCGCGGAACUAACCACGCGUGGCGCAAUGUCACACCUGAUGUCGUUGAUCCGGUUACUGGAGAAAAGACGGCGCAGUGGGCACGCAUGCUCUAUGUCCUUGCACCGGCGCAGGAGAUGUUUAUCGGGGAUAAGAAGCUGGGAGAGGUUGUUGAUGGUAUUGGGGUCCGGGCUAGCACCUAG